AUGGCGACUUCCUCUAGCGAACAUAUUGACCCAGACGUGGAAAAGGGCCCGAAGCAAGAGUCGCUGGUAGAAUGGGAUGGCCCCGGUGAUCCAAACAACCCACAUAACUGGACUCCCAGAUUCAAGUGGUUCGUGAGCGCAGUGCUGGUAACCCUGCCUCUGAUUGUCAAUAUCGGAAGUAGUGUCAUGAGUGGAACGCUUCGCUCGCUGGAGGCUGAAUUCCAUAUCGGCCCUGAGGUCGCUGUCCUGUCCACCACUACCAUGUUCCUAAUUGGCUUCGUUUGCGGUCCGUUGAUAUUCGGGCCUCUAUCGGAAAAGUACGGUCGACGAUGGCCUAUUCUCAGCGGCGUGAUUCUCUUCGCGACAUUUUCCAUCCCCGUCGCAGUCGCCCAAAACUUCUACACCAUCCUAGUUUGUCGGCUGCUGAGCGGCGCAUUCGGGGCCUCUUCAAUGGCCGUCACGGGAGGUGCGCUGACUGAUGUGUGGAAUUUGGCCGUGAGCCGUGGCAUAGCGUUGGAUGCGUUUGUGGCCACGGCCUUUAUAGGGCCGGUGAUCGGUCCCAUCAUCGGGAACUUUAUCACCACCAGCUACUUAGGCUGGCGGUGGACUAUGUGGGUGACGCUGAUUGUGGCCUACGCUUUCUCCGUCAUUGCUUUUAUCGCACUGCCUGAGACGUACGGGCCUGUGCUGUUGACCGAGAAGGCGGCGAGGUUACGCUUCGAGACGAAGAACUGGGCACUGCACAGUAAGGUGGAAGAGGAGCGCACGACGGUGAAGUCUUUUGCCCGGAACUAUCUCGUCCGCCCUUGGGUGUUACUUGCCACAGAGCCGAUCAUGAUGCUCGUCACGCUAUACAUGAGCUUCCUCUACGGACUCUUAUUCCUCUUCUUUGAGGGCUUCCCUACAUCGUUCGUGGAGGGAAGAAGAUGGGCGCCGCAGAUCGGUUCUCUCGCGUUCGUGAGCCUCCUCGUGGGCGUUCUUAUCGGUCUCUCCGGAAUGGUGUGGUGGUCCUUGACCGUGUUCGCGCGCCAGAUCAACUCGACACCGGACAAGAUCGUGCCGGAGCGUCGAUUACCUCCUAUGAUGGCCGGUGCCGUCGGCCUCCCUAUUGGGCUUUUCUGGUUUGCCUGGACGAGUAACCCCGGCAUCCACUGGGCCGCAGAGAUCAUCGCCCCGGCCCUAGUCUCGGCAUCCAUGUUUGCCAUUUUCAUCUCCGGGCUGAAGUACAUCGUCGAUGUGUACCUGAUCUACGCCAACAGCGCCAUCUCCGCGAACACGUGCCGGGUUUCCUCUGUUCGCAGGCGCCAUGUACCACCGGUUGGGCUUCGCAUGGGCAACAAGUCUACUGGCGUUUUUGGCGGUGGGAUUGGCGCCGGUGCCGGUAGUCUUUUACGUUUUUGGCCAUCGGAUUCGCCUCUGGUCGAAAAGGUCGGCAAAUAA